AUGGGGGGCAAGUCUACUCAAAAGGCCGCUUACUUCGAUAAGCUCAAGAGCCUCCUCGAGACCUACAAGUCCAUCUUCAUCGUUGGCGUCGACAAUGUCUCGUCCCAGCAGAUGCACGAGAUCCGUAUCUCCCUCCGUGGUGAGGGUGUUGUCCUGAUGGGCAAGAACACCAUGGUCCGCCGUGCUAUCCGUGGCUUCAUCGCUGAGAACCCCGAGUACGAGCGUCUCCUUCCCCACGUCAAGGGCAACGUCGGUUUCGUCUUCACCAACGGCGACCUCAAGGACAUCCGUGAGAAGAUCCUUGCGAACCGUGUUGCCGCUCCCGCCAGGGCUGGUGCCGUCGCUCCCGCCGAUGUGUGGAUCCCGGCCGGUAACACUGGUAUGGAACCCGGCAAGACCUCUUUCUUCCAGGCUCUCGGUGUUCCUACCAAGAUUGCCCGUGGUACCAUUGAAAUCACCACGGACCUCAAGCUCGUUGAGGCCAACACCAGGGUCGGUGCUUCCGAGGCUACCCUGCUCAACAUGCUUAACAUCUCUCCCUUCACCUACGGUAUGGGUAUCUUCCAGAUCUACGACCAGGGCCAGACCUUCGAUGCUUCGAUCCUCGACAUUGAGGAGGAGCAGCUCCUGAAGGCUUUCUCCAGCGCCAUUACGACCAUUGCUUCCGUGUCGCUGGCCAUCAACUACCCUACCCUGCCUUCCGUCAUGCACUCCAUUGUCAACAACUACAAGAAGGUUCUGUCCGUUGCCAUCGAGACCGACUACUCUUGGGAGGGCAUCGAGGAGCUCAAGGACCGUAUCCAGAACCCCGACAAGUACGCCUCCGCCGCCCCUGCCGCCGCCGCCGGUGGUGCUGCCGAGGCUCCCAAGGAGGAGGCCAAGCCUGCUGAGGAGGAAGAGGAGGAGGACGAGGAUAUGGGCUUCGGUCUGUUCGACUAA